GGGCCACGCCUUUGCCGCCUGCCGGCCCCGAACCUGACCCCUUCUCUUCAUAUCCGGAUCCGGGCUCCUCCCCCAAGACCGCCCAUCCGGCCUCUUCUCCCCAAUACUUGGAAUCUGACCCAUUCUCCCUAAUUCCGCUGAUCCGGCCCCUAAUAACCCAUAUUCAGACCCUCAAACAAUAAGCUGACCGCUGGCCCCUGGUAAAGGAUCCAGGCCGCCUCCUCCACGGUGACGAAGAUAACUUAUUCCCGUCCUGGCACUGCCGAAUAGUCUCCCUUCCCACCAUCACUCCUCCCCCCGGCUGUGCCCCAGUCUAGCCUCCUUUUCGAAUAAUAACACAGAUCUGGGCUCCCAGACCCGCGGCACCUUAGAACCGACCCUUUUCUUUCUCGCUUGGCUCCUCGAGCGAACCCUCUGCAUGCCCUCUAUCUACAGGUCGCCAGCCUGGGAAAAGAUGGCCCCACGGCCCGGCAGGGACCUGGUCCCACCUCUGCUCUGGAGCCUGAGCGUCUUCCUAAGCCUCCCAGGCCCUGUCUGGCUCCAGCCCUCUCCGCCUCCCCAGGCUUCUCCCCCGACGGAGCCCCAUCCGUGUCAUACCUGCCGGGGACUGGUUGACAGCUUCAACAAGGGCCUGGAGAGAACCAUCCGGGACAACUUUGGAGGUGGAAACACGGCCUGGGAGGAAGAAAAGUUGUCCAAAUACAAAGACAGUGAGACCCGCCUGGUAGAGGUGCUUGAGAGCGUGUGCAGCAAGUCGGACUUCGAGUGCCAUCGCCUGCUGGAGCUGAGUGAGGAGCUGGUGGAGAGCUGGUGGUUUCACAAGCAGCAGGAAGCUCCAGACCUCUUCCAGUGGCUCUGCUCUGAUUCCCUGAAGCUCUGCUGCCCCUCAGGCACCUUUGGGCCCUCCUGCGUUCCCUGUCCUGGGGGCGCAGAGAGGCCCUGUGGCGGCUACGGGAAGUGUGAAGGGGAAGGGACUCGAGGGGGCAGCGGGCACUGUGACUGCCAGGCCGGCUACGGGGGUGAGGCCUGUGGCCAGUGCGGCCUCGGCUACUUUGAGGCGGAGCGCAACGCCAGCCAUCUGGUAUGUUCGGCUUGUUUUGGCCCCUGCGCCCGCUGUUCGGGACCUGAGGAAUCAAACUGUUUACAAUGCAAGAAGGGCUGGGCCCUGCAUCACCUCAAGUGUGUAGACAUCGACGAGUGUGGCACAGAGCGAGCCAGCUGUGGAGCUGACCAGUUCUGUGUGAACACGGAGGGCUCCUACGAAUGCCGAGAUUGUGCCAAGGCCUGCCUGGGCUGCAUGGGCGCAGGGCCAGGCCGCUGCAAGAAGUGUAGCCCUGGCUACCAGCAGGUGGGCUCCAAGUGUCUCGAUGUGGACGAGUGUGAGACCGAGGUAUGUCCAGGAGAGAACGAGCAGUGUGAGAACAUCGAGGGCAGUUACCGCUGCGUCUGUACCCAGGGCUACAAACAGAUUGAAGGUGUCUGUGUGAAGGAGCAGAUCCCAGAGUCGGCAGGCUUCUUCUCGGAGAUGACAGAGGAUGAGCUGGUGGUGCUGCAGCAGAUGUUCUUCGGCGUCAUCAUCUGCGCACUGGCCACGCUGGCCGCCAAGGGCGACUUGGUCUUCACAGCCAUCUUCAUCGGGGCUGUGGCGGCCAUGACUGGUUACUGGUUGUCAGAGCGCAGUGACCGUGUGCUGGAGGGCUUCAUCAAGGGCAGAUAAUCCUGCCACACCUGCAGGCUCUCCUCCCACCCAGGCUGCCCCUGAGGUCGGGCCUCUCUCCAGCCUGGACACUUGGGGCAGCUUGCUUUAUUGUUGAGAGUGGGGUAAGCACCCACUACCCACCUUCUGGAGCAGCCCAGGCCCCCAGGCCUGGGCAGGUGAGGCCCCUGGUAUGAGAAAGGAGCCCUAAAGGUGGAUGUCGUGAGAUCUAGGCCUGGUGGCAUGUGGCAGGCUUCCCACUGUGUGUGAAUUUUUAAAAAGAAAAGUGUCUCUUUGUGGUGGCUGCUCAUGAGCUUUGGCCCCUGCCCAGGAUGAGGGGGGUCCCUGCUGGGGUGGGCCCAUUACAGCCCCUCCUGCCAGCUGCAUGCCACCAGCUCCUGUUCUGAACUCCCCGCCCCCCCCCAGCCACCAAUUUAUUUAUUCAUCUCAGGAAAUAAAGGUCUUGGAAAAUGGA